AUGUCUACUCUCCAAGGCUUCACCAUCCCCAAGACUCAGACCGCCGCCGUCGUAGAGAGCCUCGGCGCCGAGCUCAAGAUGGACAACAACCAUGCCGUCAAGACCGCCGAAGAGCUCAAGCCCGGCCAGUGCUUGAUCAAGAUCUCUCACACCGGUGUCUGCCACACCGAUCUUCACGCCAAGACCGGCGACUGGCCUGUGCCCUCCUCCCACCCUCUCAUCGGUGGACACGAAGGUGUCGGUAUCGUUGUCGCCCUUGCUGAGCCUGCCGAGACUUCCCCCGUCAAGCUUGGUGACCGAGUCGGUAUCAAGUGGCUCGCCGACUCUUGUUUGGACUGCGAGCUUUGUCGACGUGGCUAUGAGAUGAACUGCCCCAACGCCCAGCUUUCUGGGUACACUGUCGACGGUACCUUCUCUGAAUACGUCGUCUCCUACACCCGCCACGUCACCCCCAUCCCCGAGGGUCUCGACUCUGCCGGCGCCGCCUCCAUCCUUUGUGCCGGUGUUACCACCUACAAAGCCCUCAAGGUCUCCAACACCAAGGUUGGCGACUGGGUCGCCCUUCCCGGUGCCGGUGGUGGUCUCGGUCACUUGGCCGUCCAGUACGCCAAGGCUAUGGGCCUCAAGGUCAUCGCCAUUGACACUGGUGAUGCCAAGGAGAAGCUCGUCAAGUCUCUCGGUGCCGAUGCUUGGGUGGACUUUAGGACCACCAAGGACCUCGUCGGUGACGUCAAGGCUAUCACUGGCGGUCUUGGCCCAUCUGCUGCUCUUGUGACCGCCGCCAACAAGUCUGGUUACACUCAGGCUAUCGACUACUUGAAGCCUUCCGGUACCCUUGUCGCUGUCGGUAUGCCCGAUGCCGAGAUGGGUGCCAACGUAUUCUGGACCGUCUUCAAGUCGAUCCGAAUCCAGGGUUCGUACGUCGGUAACAGGCAGGACGCCUACGAGGCUCUCGAGAUUGCUGCUGCCGGCAAGGUCAAGGUCGUGUACGAGCAAAAGACUCUUGCCGACUUGAAGGACGUCUACGAGGACCUCGAAGCCGGCAAGAUCGCUGGCCGUAUCGUUCUUGAGGUCGCCAAGGAGUAA